GCCUACCUCAGAGAAGACAAAAACAAUCGGCAUCCCACAUACAGCAGUAUAUAAACAGGGUGACCUAAACUGUGUUUAGACAUCUUAUAUCGUUUCACCGAGAACUUGGCGGACCGAGGGAGAAAUGGUUUCUCCAGUGACAGUGGUCAAGAGUGAAGGCCCGAAGCUGGUGCCGUUCUUUAAAGCAACCUGUGUGUACUUCGUCCUGUGGCUGCCCACCUCCAGCCCAUCCUGGUUUAGUGCGCUGAUCAAAUGUCUCCCCAUCUUCUGCCUGUGGGUGUUUUUACUGGCCCAUGGCUUCAGCUUCCUGGGUGCUCACUCCAGUGCCCGCAAGAUCUUGGCUGGCCUCAUCUUCUCUGCACUGGGGGAUGCCUUUCUCAUCUGGCAGGAGCAAGGUUACUUCGUCCACGGACUUCUGAUGUUUGCCAUUACUCACAUCCUCUACUCAUCUGCCUUUGGGAUGAAGCCCCUUAAUCUGCGUGCAGGCCUGGUGAUAACUGCCGUGUCCACUCUGAGCUACAUUCUGCUGUACCCGUACCUGUCUGGGCCCUUCACCUACCUGGUGGCCGUCUACAUCGCACUGAUCGGCUUCAUGGGCUGGAGGGCCAUCGCAGGUUUGCAGCUGACCAACGACCUGUGGACCUGGACCAAACUGUCAGCCUGCCUGGGCGCCGUGCUCUUCAUGGUCUCCGAUCUCACCAUCGCCGUCAACAAGUUCUGCUUCCCCGUACCCCACUCUCGUGCCAUCAUCAUGGCUACCUACUACGCCGCCCAGAUGCUGAUAGCUCUGUCGGCCGUCGAGUGCCAGGACGUGGAGGUGGCCCGGAAGAGAUCAUGAGGUACAUCGGUGUCUGCGGCACCCGUCUGCGAGGCAGGGAAGGGGGGAGCUACACCCUGUUCGGCCCUGAGUGAUCAUGGACACAUCUCACUGCCAGAUUCCCAACCCUCAGCCCUCAUCUCGGUGUGGCGCUCCCACACAGUUGUUACUAUAGCAGCUGGUCCACUAAAGCCUUCACAUGGCUAUCACUCUACUACUCCACUAGUAUGGUAGUUUUGCACCUAUCUUCUAAUCAUGAAGACGUGGUAGUAUUAUCUUUAGCCUCUCCCAACAACAGUCCUACCUGCCUCUCCCAAUCCUAGAACGGCUGUCUUGCAAUCUAGUUACCAUGGAGACAAGUGUAGUGAUAUUAACCUGCUAUUUAGAGUAUUACUUUACUUUAACUGCAAUGUUUUAAUUUAAGGGGAGCAUGUCACUGGGGACCUUUAAGAAGUGUGUUUGAGUGAUUAUGUUUGUGUGUGUGUGUGUGUGUGUGUGUGUGUGUGUGCGCGCGCGUGGAUGCGAACAUGUCUGUGUGUGUAACACUCUUACCUCUCUUUCCACACAGACUUAUCACACAGUCAUCACACUGAGCCCCAGAAUCCAUCUACUAUUUUCAUGUGGUCCAAUAAUAUAAUUUGUAGCCGUUUGCAUCUUUUCAAUAUUUUUAUUUUUUUGUUGUUGUUUGUUUUGUUGCCUGAAACACUGUUAAAAAGGGAGCUCUUAUUUCUUUACACAGAUGCCCUUAUGUGGCUUUUCAGUCUCUGUUCCUCUGUGUUUCCCUGAAUUAAGGGUGCUAUUGUUAACGUCAGGAGCAUAUCCACACCCAUUUUUAUUACCUGCAGUCCCUCCCAUUUCACUUUCAUACACCACACUGCCUUUGUUCCAUUUGCUCUUCAACAUUCUCAACAAAUCUACCCAUUAUUUUAAGUAGUGUGUCCUUCAAUGCCUAAAUAUUAAAAAGAACGACAGAGACAGAAACAAAAAAUACAUCAGUUGGUUGAAAAGACAGGUUGAGAAAGUUACAUAAUUGUUGAGCGAAUGUGAUGUAUUGUUACUUUGGUGAAUGCGCACUUUCACCAGAGGUUUUAUGAACACUUUAUUGUCACGAUAACAACGCAUUAGACACAGCAGACUGUACUUAUACAGACCAGAGCACCUGCUACCCCUUUGGGUGUUAAGUAUUUCAGGUGCUUGUCAUUGUUUUUCUUGCCAGCAGUUUUUUUUUCCCCACAAAUAUAGGUGCGAAUGACGAGCACACACCUAAUUCAUACAAGUCCUGCUGGUUUUGUUAUUAGGAAAAGUCGAUGGGGUUCUUAUUGCUGGUGUUACACAGCCAAACCAUGCUGACAUUGGCCUGGAUCUACGUUAUGAUGACUGAGAAGACAGAGCUGUGUUACAAGAAAAGAAGGUGCUAUUUGUUCUGCAACUUUGUGUGCAAUGUGCACAUUGAUGUGGGAUUUUGAGGGCAUUCACUCACUCUUAAUGGCACACACACAAACUUAUACACAGCCUGAACUGUAUGAUACAAACCCAAAUGGAAAAAAGGGAGAUGAGGCAGUCGUGCUUGUCAAAACUAGGCAACACAUAUCCCAUUAUUCCCAAUAAUUCCCCCUCAUAGGACACUUCAUCAUCUUUAAUCCUGCACAAUCCACCACAGCUAAUCCUCGACAGGUUGGCCGGUAUUUUGUCUUUCAUCUAUCACACCCCCCCAUACUUUUAUUUGUUUGCCCUUCUGCAAACAUCUCUAAUGUUUAUAUUAGUAUGAAGUGUCUUAUUCAGCAUUUAAGGAGUAUACUGCGGCUCUUUCAGAUAUGUACAUAUAUGCAUGUUGUGAGUGUGUGUGCCUUUGCGAGAGUGUGUGUGUUGCCUUUGACUUAGCUGUUCGUCUUUGUGUGUGUGUGUGUGUGUGUGUGUGUGUACUUGUGACAAGUCAGAAUCAACUCAAGGCCAGAAAUGCUGUGAAUCAUCAUAGUUAAAUGGAGUAGAAACACUACUUUAAUGUACUCUCACAAAGCUCUUAAAUCAUUCUUCAUACCUAUCAUCAUACCCACAGAAAUGGAAACUUUUCACCUAUUUUACAGCAACCCCUGGAACUUUGUGUGUUGUUACAUGAGGAUUACUUCAGUAUCAAAAUACUUUGCUUACUUAUAUUCGAAACUACAAAAUUCUGAGUGUUUGAUCAUUAGACAUGCUUCCACAUGUUUAUAUGAUAUAGGAUGUCUCUGACUUUAGGAUUUAUACCACUAAAAGUUUGCAUCUAACAAAGAAAAUAUUAUUUCAAAUACAGUAGCCAAUCAAAGUAUUAAUCAAUAAGAAAAAAGCAGAAGAUUUUGUAGCUUUCUUUGGCAUUUUUAUAAUGGUCCAGACCAGUGAAUCCAAACAAAACAUAUACUGCAUAUUGUAUUGUCAUGGAAAAGAAACUGCCCGUAUUAUGGGUUUUACAUACGCACAAAAACUAAAAUGUGUUUAUGCAUCACAUCAGCCACCAUGACAGAUCUGCAGGCAGACCAUGGUGUUGACACUCAACAAGGUUUCUUAAAAAUGACUGCAACAAUAACAGCAUAUAGUCUUAGUUUGACCGGGAAAGACACUCAACCCAAGUGGCUAUUCUUGACAACUGCUACGCUAGAUAGUUCCUCAAACAUCUUUUAGCCUGUCAGCAUGCUUGUCAGCACAAUAUUUCUGCUUUGUCAGUCAUCAGGCCAACUCUGUGACCACUUGUCUUGGGUUCCACGUUUUAAUUUGUCCUCCCAGCACUGCAGCAAAGUCAUACACUUCACAAGAAAGUUCCCUGCUCUCAUUUCAUUCACCUCAGUGGCAGAUCAUGUUCUGUCAACAAUUAAUAUACAGUAAGCCUUUGUGCUGAAGGACACUCUCCGUCCACUGAGGUUAGCCUGCAGACAUGAAAUUGUCUGUUUAUUAAAUCAGGGUUAUGGAAAAGUAAAAUGAGUGAUGCUACGAUUGACUUCAGUAUACAACCAUGAGGGAAUGACUCAAAGCAGACAUGCUCAUCUAUUCUUGUUUAGCUGAGCUCUACUUUUUUGUCCUCUGCCAAUAAAACCUCCAGACCUUUGUUCCUAUGCUCUAAUGGCUUCAUGCCAAAAGACAGGCUAUACUUUGAAGUAUUUCUGGAGUUAUUUAUGUUGGCCAAACUACACUCAACUAAAAUCUCCACGACUAUGGAAACUGAAGUUGCUUUGAGAGUGACAGAUGCAUGGAAGACAAGAUGCAACACAAGAAACUUAUCUAUUUUGAGUCAGUGGCCCAUCAGUGUUCACCCUGGUUCAUAAAAGACUAAACAGAUUACUGCGAUUGUUCACUCUUGUAUUUUAUAUGGCAGAGAUAACCAAAGCCUUGAGCAUAAUAGAAAAGUAAGCUAAUUUCAAUGAGUGGAACCUCUACUCUUACGGACUAGUUUGCAUUAGUUCUCAUGUAUCAAACAAGCUUUUGUUUUGGUGGGGACAGAAGUUCCACUUGUCAGACAGAUUAUGGCCUUCCACUUAGGAGGAAGGUUAUUGUUGAGCAAUACUGUAGCUUGAAUUAGGUGAGGAGGUGAAAUAUGACACACAGGAGAAGACUCCCUUUCCAUCCGGCCGUUAGCUGCCAUCCUGUCCCCCACAGAUGGUAGUCUAACAGGGGCAUCACUUUACCUCAGCCUGUCAACAGCCUUGUUGUUCUGAGCUUUGUGCUUGCAGACAAAAGGGACCCGAGAGAGCUGUGGGAGGCCAGUAUGAUGUGGCCUGGAUUGUCAGUAAUGAGUUGGAACCAGUAGCUGUUGUAGUAUCGAGGACGGCGGUGUUACUCUGUCCUCUAUAUAAGUUGGCACUUUCCUUUGAUUUUUAAGAUUUCUCUUUAUUUUGCUGUUGUUUCCUCUGAUUUAAAACCUUUGCUGUUAAAGUGCUGUGCUCAUUGUGAUGCAGCGGUUGACAUUCAAAACUGAGGUGUAAAGUGUGUGUAACAUGCAUGAGAAGUAAACAAAUCCUACACGUCAACCUCAUCUACACAGACGAAGAAGUGCACACCACAUCACGCCACCCCGGUGUUCUUAUUACUAAGACUGACAGUUGUUUCAAAUCAGUAUGAGCUUAUAAGUAUGUAAAAUAAAGCCAUCCUCUUUUUGUAAAAUGAAUCUGAACCCACUGUGUGCUGCACUUUUCUGUAUCCAGAGUAAGGCCAGUCAGUCUUUGUUAAACUAGCAGCAGUAGUGUUCAAUACAAAUGAUUGUUGUGUACUGUAUCCUUAUAAGUAUAUGCUACUUUCCUUAUUUUUCCUUUCUCUUGAAGGCAACUCAAUUUUUGUGUUCAUGUUUAAGCAAAUGAAAGUGAUGUAUUAACCCAUGAGAGAAUCACUGUUUUACAUUUUUAGGCAUGAAUUGCUCUUGAAAUGUUAAAACAUUCAUGUAUAAAUCUUUCUUGAAAGUGUUAUCUUUUUAUUUUCAGUAUAAUAUCCCAAAAUUUCAUUGUUAACUGUCUCUGUGGGAGAAAGCUGGUUUUGUUUUUCCACAGAGACGUUACAUUUUAUUUCCCUGAAGGCCCGUUACAAUGCAGCAUUUGACAAUUAUUUUAUGAACAUUUUUGUAUUUUUAUUCUAUGAUACUCUUUACUUUGUUCUUAAUUUUCAUUUUGUGAUUUGUUUCUUUCAUGACUAGAGAAAAAAAUAGUUUCUUUGCUGUAGUGAAACUGCUAUGAAUGUGAAUAUCUAUUGGAGAAAUAAAUGCAAUUGCAAUGCAACUUCA